CACUUAAUACCAAAUAAUACCAACAAUAACAAACCAUCUAAGAGUACUCCAAAAAACCAUCUUGAAGCAAAAGCCUCAAAAUAAUAUUUGAGUGCGCGCGGCUCGGACUGUUUUUAUUCGGACGGAUCGUAAUAUAUCGGAGUGCUUGGAUUAAUCCAUUUGAUAAGUAAUUCAAGAGAUAAGUGCGAAGGGCGCAGGCGAUUCGGAAUUCGGGAAUACUACUUGGAAGAGCCGUGAAAUGUGUUCAGCUCCUGCGGGCAGCGAGAAUUAGCCAAAAGUGGAGUGUUAGCCAAGCCAAGCGGCCAAAUAAGUGAUACAACGUGCCUACCACUGACCACCGACCAUCGACCAGUUAGGAAAUAAGCAAGCGCCCCAGCCGACGACGACCAGGAGUCGAGGAAACCAUCAACAAAAGCGGCAAACAUGGCGACUGAGAUGGACGAGCUGAUCGAACAGCUUAAGACCACCAGUGUCAGCAAUGGGAACACAAAGAACCUGCUCUGCGAAAUCUCGGCCACCAAGGACCCCAAGCUCUUCGAUAAACACGAGCUGGCCGACUGCUUCCUGGGCCUCACCCAGUGCGAGGACACCAUCGUGCGCAAGGAGGCGGCCAAGUGCAUCGCCGAGAUCACAAAGUCGGAAGUGCAGCGCAAGAAGUUCACCAAACGGGAGAUUAUUGCCGGCUUCCUGGAGUGCCUGAAGCAAGUGCCGACUCCCGACGGCAGCAUGGAGCUGCCCAUUCAGAUCUGCCGGGCGCUGGGCAACAUCUGUUACCUGAACGACGAGGCGAGGGACCUUAUCCUGGAGCUGGAGGGGGAUGCGGUGCUGCUGAAACUGCUGGACAUUUCCACCAUCGAGGACGUGGCCAAUGCGGCCCAGUUCAUCAAGGUGCGUGGCGGGCUGCUCUCCAACUACCUCCUGGGCGGCGAGGGGCUGGCCAAGCGGGCCAUGGAGCUGGGCGUGAUGAAGAAGCUGCAGGCCAUCAUCGACACCGGGGCCUCCAAUGUGGAGCAGCACGAGGACCUGCUCCUCAACACCCUCCCGCUGCUCAGCAUCCUCACCGAAAACGUGGCGGACCUGAACUUUGACUCCGCGCUGAACAUCCAGCUGUCGCGCAUCCUGGCCGCCUCCACCAAUCCCGACCUGGCCGAGAUGUGUCUGGAGCUGCUCCACUACCAGGCGGAAAGCGACGAGGUGAAGCUCCUGCUGGCCAAGGACGGGCUCUGCGAGACGAUCUACAACCUGCUGGAGAAGUACAAGACGCUGGCCAGCACCAGCGAAGCCCGGGCCCUGAUGAAGCUCGCCUGCGAGCUCAUCGUCUUGAUUCUCACGGGAGAUGAAUCGAUGCACUAUCUGUACACGACACCGCUGUUGAAGAACAUGGUCGACUGGCUGGACUCGACCGACAUCGAUCUGCUGACCACUGGGGUACUGGCACUGGGCAACUUUGCCCGCACCGACAGCCACUGCAUCUACUUUGUGGAGCAGCAGACCAUGAACAAGCUGCUCGAGGUGCUGUCGAAGAACAACGGCGUCAAGGAUGACGUCCGUCUGCAGCACGCUCUGCUGAGUGCACUCCGCAACCUGGUCAUACCCAAGCCGAACAAGAACGCGGUGAUCCAGGCGGGUCUGGUGCAGACCAUCCUGCCCAUGCUCGAGAUCCACCAGCCGCCAGUCGUCUUCAAGCUGCUGGGGACUCUGCGCAUGACCGUCGACGGCCAGGAAAAACUAGCCCUGGAGCUGCUGAAGAACAAGACUUUGAUCGAACAACUGGUGCACUGGAGCAAGUCGUCGGAUUACGCGGGAGUGACGGGGGAGUCCCUGCGCCUGAUGGCCUGGCUGAUUAAGCACGCCUACCUCAGCAAGAUCGCCUACGCCCUGCCCCGCAAGGGCGACGCUCCCGCCGAACAGAUCGCCGACAAGAUUCCACUCACCCAGGACUACGACCGCUCCAGCCUGAGCGAGUUCCUGGCCAACGAGGGCACUGUGGAGGCCAUGGUCAGUAUGCUGACUGCCCAGCACCUGGUGAUGCAGAACGAAGCACUGAUCGCCCUGUGCAUCCUGUCCGUGGUCUACCUCUCGCAGAAGAACGAGGCGGGGCUGGAGCAGGCGCAGCGGCUGCAGGAGGAGCUGAUCAAGUGCGAGGUGGGCAAGAAGCUGGCCGAGCUGAUCAGCAAGUCGUCGGACAGCAUGACCAAGGAGAUCGUCGAGAACCUGCAGAACUGCGUCAACUUGCUCAAGUCUUCCGAACAACUGGUGACGCAUCUGGAGGAGAACAACAUCAACGAGCUGUUGAAGUCCAUACCCAUUCUCACCGAGUACUGCACCUUGUAAGCGGAGCCGGGGGCGUGUAAUUGCAUUUAAACCAGCACCGAAGGAUGCCUCACAGUAGCACGGGUCGAUUUGAAGGGGGCCUGAACUCUUAAAUAGAUAGGAAGCGCAUUUCUUUUCGCUCUCAACUCUAUUUUUUCGAGUCCAGACCCCGACCCACAUGUAGUUUUCACCUUAGAGCAACGAUUCAGAUGUAGACUUGACUGUAGUUUGGUAAGAUGAUGGACGGGCUGAUGCAGAACUCACUCCAGAACACCCCCAAGCUGAGAAGAGCGGAAUGUAUUUUUUAGACGCAAGCGUAUUUUGACUGCAUUUAUGAGAUGAUAUGAGAUGUGAGAUGAAAUGAGAUGAAUCGAUGGAAUAUAAAUCGUAUAAAUAUUUAUAAUAACGCAUAACUUAUACGAAUAUGAUAAUAUUAACAAUUUAGCAUAUAAAUCUUUUCUGUUAAAUGAUUUUUAAGAGCACAAUAACAACAAAUCGAGGUGAUAUCGCUAAAUAUAUUUAAUAAAUGUAUUUUAUGUAUUGUA